UGACCCCUUAGCACAGGUUCCAAGGUCCUCAACAGCUGACCAACUGCUUGGGUCAAAGGCAGAAGAAAGGGACGUGCCCCGGGAGGGAGGAGAGAUUCCGGAAUGGGGCCCAGCUCUUGAUUUCUGUGUCUGCCACUGGCAUUCUGUAAGAAAGGUGGACCCGGCCUCGCAGGUACCGGUCUGGACAAGAAAUUUUUAGCUGUCAAAACCGGACCGCGGACUUCCUGGAGGCCCCGGACGCCGCUCUGCGCAUGCUCAGCAGUAGCCGGGGUGGAGAAUACGCACGUGCAUACGGACUGUCGCGGCGCCUGCGCGGUAGCCGCGGUCGCUGCCCGGAGUCGGUGCCCUUAGGACGCCUUUCGCACCUUGACGCGGCCUGUCCGCGCUAGCCGGUUGGGGUUCAGUGUCCGGUGCACACGCCCUGCAAGCGACGGCGCCAUGAGCCUGUCUUCCAACGUACGAGUCCACUCCGUGCUGGGAAUAGACAGCUGUCCUCUGAGGCUGAGGCUAACCAGACUAUGCAGAACUUUCUCCUCUCCAGCAGUCUCUGGAUAUGGGUUGAAUGGAUCGCAGCAGUUACCAUUGCUGCUGGAACAGCCGCAAUUGGUUAUCUAGCUUACAAAAAAUUUUAUGUUAAAGAUCAUCGCAACAAAAAUAUGGUUAACCUACAUAUUCAGAAAGAUGACCCCAAGGUCGUACAUGCUUUUGACAUGGAGGAUUUGGGAGAUAAAGCUGUGUACUGCCGUUGUUGGAGGUCCAAAAAGUUCCCGUUCUGCGAUGGAGCUCACACAAAACACAACGAAGAGACUGGAGAUAACGUGGGACCUCUGAUCAUUAAGAGAAAAGAAACCUAGAUCGACAGUUUCCAUGCUGCAAACCAAGUCAUCCUGAUUGUUUAAUUAGAAUGACUGCCACUUUAGUCUAAUUCACCUUCUCUGGGUUCUAGAUGUGGUAUAUUACAAACCGCAGCUUUCAUAUUCAUAUCAUUUGCCUUACUUGUUGAACCAUCGUGGUGCACGUUUGUUUAAACAAAGGAAAAAGUGAAACUGACCUCAUGGCCUGUGGGUUAUUUUGGUUUUGUAAGGAUCCGUUUCUUUGCAUUUAAUAUAAUCACAUUAGAAUGUAGUUGUAUGUUCAAGUUAACAUUAAAUUAUUCUCAAAAUCGU